AUGUCAAGCACCAUUUCAUCACCCAGGGACGACGCCUGGAUGGGGCUCGCCCUUGAGGAGCUGCUGGAUGGUCUCCAGAUGGGGCAUCGGCCCCAGCCUUCACUCCUCGCGCCACUCCGUGUGGCCGGAGGCCGCAGACAAAUCCCGUCCGCGGAGCAGCUCUACGUCCCGCCGGAUCAUCGAUUCGGCCCAAUACGGGUGGACACCACCCCGCCACGACCACGGCCGACCGAGGCCGCCCACACGCCUGCCGACCAGGGCAAGCAGCAACUCACGGAUCAAGGUCCUUUAGUUCCGCUCCGCACGACCCGGCCUCCAUCGACGCAGGCCACCCAAGGGCAAGGAGAUAAACAAUCACCACGGGAGGCACCACAGGCAGCCGGCCCGUCGACGCGUCCGCACACCGGCCAGGUGUCCACGACGCCUACCGGCAACCAGGGGCAGCCACCACGGGCAGCACCUCGAGCAGCCGCCCCGUCGACGCGCCCGCAUACCGGUCGGGCCACUACAACGUCUACCGGCCACGUAACCCCAUCACCACGGGCGACGCCGCGAGUUGCCAUGACUCCGGCGCGCUCACGCACCGGCCCAACUCUAACAACGCUUGGGACACGCGCAGUCCAGGCCAUAGCACCGCUGGUCCCGUCAGGGGCUGUAGCGGCACCAGAUCCAGACGGCGAGGAGGAAGCGGCGCUACGAGAGUGCCUAGGCGACCUUCCACCCGACGUGCUGGAGGAGAUGGCCCACGGGGCAGAGGGUUUGGACAUGGAGGACCUCUUCGGAGAGUCUCCCGACGAAGACGGAGUGGAGCUUCCGAUACGCCCCGUCUCCGACCAAUCCGCCGACGAGCCACGGACCCCGUCACCUCAAUUCCAGCCGGAUUACGAGGUGAUCUCCAGCGACGAGGGAGAGGCGGAUGAGAUCAUCCAGAUCUCCGACUCCGACGACGCUGAGCCAAAUUUUAGACCGCCGGGCACCCCGCCGCCGGCGUAUGAGGACAUUUUCGGGCCGGUCACCGCCGACCACGUCACGCGGAUACCACGCCGCCGUCGCUCCACGCCAGGCAGAUGGGCCAUCGACAAGCCAACACGUCGACUUGACGACCGACGAGGACUCCGCCGACGAGAGGCCAGCCGUGGCCGUACCGAGCUGCCCCCGCUAGCAAGACCCGGCGAAUACGCCGCUGCAGUGGCUCGACGCAGGGCUGAGGACCUGAGCGACGAACUGGGCUCGUCCUCCGCUGGGCCGGUUCGGCCAAUCAAUCCGGAGCCACGUUCGGCCAGGGACCGACCACCCACACCAGCACCGGCACGCCGAGGCCGCCGACGGAGCGCGCCCUGGGCGGAUAGCCCCAGCGAAUCCUCGUCCGAGGAAGAGUUGCCACGCGAUCGCCAAGGUCACACCCGCUGGCUACCCGUUCCCGACGGCUGGAGCAUGAACAACGGCACGCUACCCGCCGGGCUCAUCAGAAGGAUCCAGCAGCGACUCCUAAUAGCCAGACGAAGGGCCCGACGCUAUCUGGAGGAGGAACAGGGUCAGCGAUCCCAGGUGCAGCUAAACCGGGACGACCACGUCCGGGUCUUCCUACACCCCACCCGGAAGUAA